GGUGCACGUGGUUUAAAAUGGCUGCGCCCUUCACUAAAUAAUGAUACAGAAGAAAUUAUUGAAACAGCUAAACCCCACCAAAGAAGAAGAAACAGCUAAACAUUUACAGCACAUAGCUACAUUAGAGCUGAAACAUCGCCAAGGGAAUCUUGUUGAAGAUGUCAGAAAACAGCAAUGUCGUUGUACAGAAAGGCACCAGCCGCACAGUUUCCAGAGCCCUGAUCAUUCAAAUGAUGGCGGAAAAUUUCGAACGGUUGCCUGAACUUGACAGGAAAAUCUUCACCUAUGGCCCCAUGUACCUGGGAGGUAAUGGGGCAUUUGCAGGACUGAUUGCCAACAGCUUAUACAGGAGAGCACUGAAUGUCACUCAAGGGCGUUUUACAUCAAAUCUCCCAAUGGCUGUCCUACCAUUCUUGACAACAGUGGCCAUGUAUAAUGUAGCUGUAUCCAAACCAUUAUUGUCUGGUGACCUUAACUGUCCAACCUGUGUCCUGAUAAGAGGUGCCCUUGUCGGCGCAGUUGCUGCUGGCGUAUAUCCUAUUCUGUUGGCUUUGCCUGUGAAUGCAGGCCUUGCAACCAGGUACAACACUACACCAUUGCCAGAAAAGGGAAACGUCCUCCGUUUUUGGAUGAACGUUACCCAACCCAUCUUAAGGAAAAUGGGUGUUGUGAUAGUACUACAGGUGUUCUUUGGAACCUACCUAAGCUCCAGACACUUUGACAGCUACUUGAAGUUGAUUCAGUUGUCCACCUCAAAUGGCGAGGAGCUUCAGGAUUAAAACAGUUUCAAACAAA